CCGCCCGCGCCAUCCCUCCGCCCCUCGGUCCCGCCGCCACACGCCGCGGGAGCUCGGACCAGGCGCCCGUCCCUCCUCCUCGUCCCUCGCAGCGGCCGCGAAGCCCCGAGCCGGCGGGAGCGCGGUGCACACCAUGUCGGUCGCGCUCAGCAACAGGUUCCAAGGAGGGAAAGCGUUCGGCUUGCUCAAAGCCCGGCAGGAGAGGAGGCUGGCCGAGAUCAACAGGGAGUUUCUCUGUGACCAGAAGUACAGUGAUGAAGAGAAUCUGCCGGAAAAGCUCGCAGCCUUCAAAGAGAAGUACAUGGAGUUUGACCUGAACAAUGAGGGCGAGAUCGACCUGAUGUCUUUAAAGAGGAUGAUGGAGAAGCUCGGGGUCCCCAAGACCCACCUGGAGAUGAAGAAGAUGAUCUCGGAGGUGACCGGUGGGGGCAGCGACACCAUCUCCUACAGAGACUUUGUGAACAUGAUGCUGGGAAAACGGUCCGCUGUCCUCAAGCUAGUCAUGAUGUUUGAAGGAAAAGCCAACGAGAGCAGCCCCAAGCCAGUUGGCCCCCCUCCAGAGAGAGACAUUGCCAGCCUGCCCUGAGGACGCCCCCGCCUGGACCUGCCCCGCCCUCCCCUCUCCUCUUCCUCCCCUCUGACCUCGCUGCCCUUCUCCGCUCAUUCCGAUGUGUCUUGUGUGUUGUGUUUGGUCGUUGUGCCUUUGUUGGCUUGUUUUUUCAUCAACAGAAUCAGUGAUCUCUUUGUAAAGCACAAAUCAUCUGCCUUAAGGGGGCUCUGGGUUGGGGAAUCCAGACCUCUGCCCUCUCUUCCCUCCGUCUCCCCUCCCUGUGCAGAAGGGCUGACAUUAAACCAAAAACUGGAGGGGGCGAGGCCAGGACAGGGUUGGGGGGGGGGCACCCAGAAGCCCAUGAUCCCCGCACUUGAAGCUGGCACUGUCCAUCCUUCUACGAGAUCUCUGAGUUAAGUUCUGGCACCUGGCCUGACCCUGGUUUCAGAAGACCCUGAGUCAGAACAGGGCUGCAGGGCCUCGUUAGGGUUUCCAGUGCUCUCGGGCAGACCAGGAUGUGGCCAUGCAGUGCCCCCCCUCCACGGCUGGUCCCCCCUCAGUGAGGUGACAGAAGGAGAGGAAGAGGGGGGCUUAGUAAUUCGAGCCCUUCAAGAAGGUUCCAGAGGAAUCCUCUAGCCUUGCCCCCGGCCACAACUUUACAGGCAACUCAGAGGGAAGGGGUGCAGGCCUCUCCCCGCCGAAUCUUACUGGGGCAGCAACCGGCUUCAGAGGGCAAGAGGAGCCAGGGGCCGUGGGUAGGGGGUUCAGCUCAGUCUAGUCUCACCUUUUAAGGAGGAUGUUGAGGGCAAGGGGGUAGGAGAAUGAGGGCUUAAAUGCUCGUGGCAAAGAGGCAGCACCACGGUUAGGCCAGGAGCUGAGAAAUAAGUUGCCUUUCUGAUCCCCAUCUGCUUGAAACCUGCCUGUGCUUCCAUUUGCCUUCACACCAUUCAUUCAUUCCGUCUUCAUUCCGUCUUUGUUCACUCAGUCAUUCAACAGGUAUUUAUUGACAACCUAUUAUAAGCUUUAAGUCCCCCCA